AUCGCUUAGCUUUCUCUUUUUUUUUUUUUUUUUUCUCUCUCUGCAACUCGCACCUUUUUAACUUGAGUUUCCAAACCCUAUAAAUUCAACGCCAAAUAUCUGCUUCUUCGAUCUCUCCGUGCCUUUUCUUCGCCAUGCACACCCUCCUCUGAAUUCUCUUGUGGCGUUGGAUUCCUGUUUAUUCGUGCCCCGUCUGAACGACAACCGGUAGUGCAAGAAAAACACAACAGUAGCCAACUAAUGGACAACAAGAAAGUCGUCGUCUGCGACAACGGCACCGGGUAUGUUAAAUGUGGUUUUUCCGGAGAGAAUUUCCCAACCUCUGUGUUUCCUUGUGUGGUUGGAAGACCCAUACUGCGCUAUGAAGAAUCACUAACAGAACAAGAGUUGAAGGACAUUGUUGUGGGAGAAGCUUGUGCAGAUUUGCGACAUCAGUUGGAUAUAUCAUAUCCUGUUAAUAAUGGCAUUGUGCAGAAUUGGGAAGAUAUGGGCCAUGUAUGGGACCAUGCAUUUUUCAAUGAAUUGAAGGUUGACCCAACAGAAUGUAAGAUAUUACUCACAGAUCCACCUCUUAAUCCUUCAAAAAACCGUGAAAAAAUGAUAGAGACGAUGUUUGAGAAGUACGGUUUCACAGAUGUCUUCAUUCAAAUCCAAGCUGUUUUGACAUUGUAUGCUCAAGGCUUGCUAACUGGUCUAGUUAUCGAUUCUGGUGAUGGUGUUACUCAUGUGGUUCCAGUUGUUGAUGGCUACUCGUUCCCCCAUCUCACAAAGCGAAUGAAUGUGGCAGGCCGGCAUAUUACAUCUUAUCUUGUAGAUUUGCUCCUACGGAGAGGGUAUUCAAUGAAUAGGACUGCAGAUUUUGAGACUGUUAGGGACAUCAAAGAGAAGCUCUGCUAUAUCAGUUAUGAUUACAAACGGGAAUACCAAUUGGGACUGGAGACUACCAUCCUUGUUAAGAAUUAUACUCUGCCAGAUGGAAGAGUUAUUAAAGUUGGCACUGAACGGUUCCAGGCUCCCGAGGCUCUUUUCACUCCAGAACUCAUAGAUGUUGAAGGUGAUGGAAUGGCUGAUAUGGUAUUCCGUUGCAUUCAAGAAAUGGAUAUUGAUAACCGUAUGAUGCUCUACCAGCACAUAGUUCUAAGUGGCGGGAGUACGAUGUAUCCUGGAUUACCAAGUCGUUUGGAGAAAGAAAUUCUUGAUCGCUAUCUUGAAGUUGUCUUGAAGGGAAAUAAAGAUGGGCUAAAGAAACUACGGCUGCGAAUAGAGGAUCCACCACGAAGAAAGCAUAUGGUGUACCUUGGAGGUGCCGUCCUUGCAGGAAUUAUGAAGGAUGCACCAGAGUUCUGGAUUAGUCGACAGGAAUAUCUGGAAGAAGGUCUUGCUUGUUUGAGAAAGUGCGGUCAGGCAUGAUUGAAGCAUUUGUGCUUAUGGUACCUGGAAGUGUCUAAAACCAGCCAUUGUAAGGCAUUUAUGGGGGUGAGAAUCAUCAGUAUCGUUUGUUUGGAUGAGAAAUUAUGCCUCGUAUGAUCCAUCAUAUCUUUAUUGUUAAGAGUCAAGACAGACCGUUGAAUUUGAGCCGACUAGCAAUUUAUUUGAACUAAUUGCUAAUUGUUUUUUAAACCUUGUUUAUCAACGGCUUUCAUAUUUGGUAUC